UACUUUGCCCGCUGCCCCCGGAUCACGGGCUCGUCCGCGGCGACGGCGGUGGCGUCCCAAGAUGGCGUCGUGGCUGCCGGAGACUCUGUUCGAAAUUGUAGGACAAGGCCCAGCGCCGAGCAAAGACUAUUACCAGUUAUUGGUCACCCGGUCCCAGGUAAUCUUUAGAUGGUGGAAGAUCUCUCUGAGGAGUGAGCAUCGAUCAGCAAAGCCUGGAGAAGCAAAAGACACUCACGAAGAGUUCCUAGAGAACUCCCACCUCCAAGUUCAAAUUGCCUUAAUAUUUGGUGCAAGAGUAUUAGACUAUGUCUUCAAUUUAUGUGAAGGUAAAUUUGACUUCCUUGAACGGCUCUCAGACAAUUUGCUCCUGAGUAUCAUUUCUUAUCUGGAUCUUGAAGAUAUUGCCAGGCUUUCUCAAACAUCACGCAGAUUUGCAAAGCUGUGCAUGUCGGACGAGCUGUGGGAGAAGAUAGUUCACUCUUGCUGUGACACCAUCACACCUGACAUGAGGGCCCUGGCCAAGGAUAUGGGCUGGAGGCAGAUGUUCUUCACCAACAAGCUGCAGCUCCAGCGGCAGAUCCGCAAGAGGAAACAGAAACAAGGGAGCCACAGAACCGGUCACCUUUAGGGACACAUCUUCCCACCUGCAGGAGGGCCGAGAGAGACGGCUGUCUUUUUCUUCUGCGUCCCAAUCUCUUCUGUUUCCUUCGACUGAGCACUAAGAUUUCCUUCGAUUUGAACUGGCUGGUUCAAGGACCCACCCGAGAAGCAUACGCAGCCGGUGUUGGCGCACAGGUGCACCAAGACCCGACUCGGCAGUGCCUUACCUAAACCGCAGUCUCCUGCAGUGAGGGUCAAGUUCGUGGCCCCUGCAAAGGGCUGCAUGACAGGAAGCCCUUGAUACCCAUAAGAGGCUUCUGCUGUACAGGAAACAAACAAUAAAUGAUUA